AUCCAUAUUUCAUUGACGUAUUUAUUUAAAAAAGAAAGUAAAGCCAGUUUUUAUCAAGUUUUAGAAAUUUGGUGUCUCAGCAAACACUGGCACGAUUAGUUAUAAACUUAAAAAAGAACUAUAUUUGCAGUGCGCAUUAAUAUAUACUGGCCUUAUCUAUGUGUCAAGAAGUAGAUCUUGAAACAUAUGUUAUUUAUGAAAUAAAUGUUCAAAAGUGAUAUUUACCAUUUAUAUUCAUGUAAUAAAAUAUAUUUCAUUUUAAAAUGCAAUCAUUAUGUGUAGAGAAAGGUAUAUUAGGUGUUAUUCCUCCGUGUCCGGCACUUAACAUACACGCAGUGCAUUGUGGGAAGCAAUAAUUAUUCCGCCAUGUUGUUUACAAGAUAGACAAAAGUAAACAGGAAAAGCGACUAUUGCCGUAGUUUAUUUGAGUCAUACAGUUUAACGGGUAUGGACUUCGAUUUUAAGAUUGGCGCUGUUUUUUCAUUGGCGGAUGACAGAAAGGAAAGUCAUGACAGCCACAGAACUGAUCUCUAUGACGACCAGGGUCAAUUGUUGCCUGAUCGAGAUGAGAAUGGGAAAGUUGGCAUAAACUUAUACGGUUCCGAAACCAAUUCAGAAAGUACAUUUCUAUCUCACAUUGACGAAGCCAUUUCUGAACAAAUGGCAGAUUAUUCGGACAAAUCAACUGAAUCGGCGAUGUCUUUUAUGGAGGACCCAGAUGCCCCACCUUCUCUCUUACUUGAGGACAAUGAUUCUUCUCCAUUUCUUCAACAGUCUCUGAAUACGAAUAUUGAUUGUAUUUCUCCACCUAUACUUUCGCCGGAAGAACCAUUGAAAAGAGGCAUACCUGUGGAAAAGAAGAAAUGCACAAAAAUAGAUCCUUGCUACAUUGUUCUUACAAAUAUUGAACAAGCGAUGCAGACAAAAGUAUCUAUAUCUUCUCGAGCAUUCAAGCGAUCUUUUGUUGAGUGCUCGAAUAUGUGCAAAAAGAUCAUGUUCAAGCGCCGUCUUAAAGCUGGAAAAGAUGUGUUUGAUGUGAAAACCCCCAGUAAGCAAAAAGACUAUUUGCUUUAUUUGAUGAAAGUUGAAGAGGAAAGGUUUAAGAAAAAUAAAAAGAACACUGUACAGUGUACAAAGAUACAAGAUAUCAUAGAAAAGCAUGACUUGAAAAUAGCUGCACGCAAAAUUGCGUUUGGUAAAAAAGUUCACCCUCGUGUGCGAAGAACGAUAUCAAAAUUACCAAAGGAUUUUGCUGAUAGACCUGUAAGUCCUUUACAAGAUGCAAUUAAUGCGAACGAGAAAGAUUACAGUACAGAAGAGUUAGAAAAACUUCAAGAGGCUUUUGUGAAGAAGAAACACAAAGUGGAAUUAAAUUCACUUAAAAGACUGAUUGGAAUAAAGCGUUCCCUGAAUCAGAAUCUGAAGAAAAGUAAAAGAUUAAGACCUGAAGGAUAUGAAAGUUUUUUAAAGUCAGAUGUUACUUCAAAUGUUAGCGGUCGUGUAAGAAAAGUGAACCCGAAGUACGGAGUCGAUUACGCCAUGAGUAGGAAAGAUUUCGAAGAACAGCGCGUAUUUGAGGUAGCACAAUCUCAACUGAAACGUGCUGAAACAGAAAGUAAACGGAAACAGGAAGAAAUCAGUUUUGAUUUCUUAUUACAGAAGAGACGAAAGGUAUCAAUGGCCAGUAAUAAGAAAGUAAAACAGCCAAUGGUUCAAAUUGAAAACGCAGAAAAUGAUGAUGUAAUUAAAACUACAGUCAAUAGUAAAAAGUCAAAAAUGAGCUCAAAAAAGAUAAAUAUGAAGACAACUGCUUUACAGUCUUUGUUGGAAUCCCCGCUGGUUUCCGGUAUGCAUGCUAAUCAGCAUAAAUCUAGCGAUAAUGUAAAAAAUGCAAAACAGAAACGUAGCAAAAAUGUUGACAAAGACGCUGUUCUUAUUCAAGAUUUGCCGAAAGAGGAGAACUUGAUUAGCGGAUUUUUACAAGAGACGGUUAAACCUUCAACGCAAAAGGAGUUUGUUACUGAACAAUGCAUGGCCUCUGAAGUUAAAGACGGUGACCAAUAUGUGCGUGCUAGACAAUUGCUUAGGGACAGUUUAGACAGAAAUAUGUAUAAAGCACGGAUUAAGAUAAAGCAAACCGUUGUACCAAAGCAAGAAACCUUGUAUUCAAAUGCACAAACAUCACAACAGGCAAAUGUUCAAGAAAAGUAUAAAGUACUUAAAAUUCCCGAGACUGUUCAAAAGCUUUUUGAUAAUACAAAGAUAAAGCAGGAACCACCCGAUGAUGGAUACGGAACUUCUUCUAGUUCAAGUACUGUCAGUUCAAGUGCUGUUAACACCACAAAAGUUGUUACAGUAGCAUAUAGUAACGGUGUGUACAAAAAAGUUUUAAUGAGCGUUCCUAGCACGACGACAGUUACUUCUUAUACAACAAAACCAUCAAAUGUAGCAUCAACGCCUAUUUUGGUGAAUACGAAUAAUGGACAGUUGCAUUAUUUUGUUCCCAAUCAGAUGUAUUCGAAGUUACCAACUUAUUCUGAUGCAAUCAAAGCCAAAUUCCUUCCACCAAAGUCUGACACAUCGAGUAUUUCCACAAUAGCGUCACCAUCUAGUGUAAGUGGUGGCGUGCCGACUGUAUUGCAGAUUCCAUUUAACAAACCCAUGUCACCAACAGUUAUUGUCAGCCAGCCAUACGUAAACAAAUCAUACAUACACACAGUAAAAGCUGUUAAAUCACCAACAUGUGCAACGUCAGUACAAACUCAUACAGUUGUCCACAAGGUAUCACCAUCACCUGCAGUACAAAAUAAAUUGGAGCAAAACAGUUCAACAUCAAUACAACAACAGUCAGUUCCAUUUAAAAGCACUCCUAGUACAACUUCUCCUCAAAAGAUCGAAAAGUGUAAAUUCUAUUUGCUGAAGAUUGACGGCAAAAAUGUCCUCAUACCAAUAGAAGGCAACCAGGCACAACCAAAAGCCUUCGUAGUCAACAGUGAUAUAAUAACUUCAAGUGUACAAUCAAAUAAUCUGGAUUCUACUGCAACUACUGGGAAUGUAGGUCAACUUCAAAAAACAGAUGGAAUUCGACCAACGUUGUUAGGAGGUUCAAAUUCAGAUGUUCAGUCUCAGAAAAAGCCAACAUUAGCAGUGGUACCCAACGUGAAACCAGGAAAUUUGGUACUUCCCACGCAAAUGACAUUAAUAUCAAAUACAAAAAAUAUCUCUGAAAACAAAAGUCAGUUGCAAACUGUAACUUUAACAAAUGUGGGAGCUGUAUCAAAGACAGGAAUUGCCAACAGUGGAAAAUUAAGUGGGACAAAUAUUACAAUAAAAAAUACAAACCUGGCAGGAAGUGCAAAUACUUUAAAAGGAGUAACGCCCAUUCUUAGUGUAGCAAAUAACGUAGUGGGAAAUACUGCAAUAAAAAGUGACAUGAAAACGGCAUUCACAAAUGUUGUUAGUUCUGGGAGUUAUAAGUUAGCACCUAAGCCAGUAAUUUCACAUCCUGUUUUGAGAAAUACAGAUAUUGCGAAGUCAAGUCCAUUGACAGUACUUCCAGUUUAUCUGAAACCUAUGGAUUCUUCAGUGCCUGGUAUUCUCCAGUUGCAGACUGUUCCUGUCAACUUAAAAAAUGCAAUGUCUGCUAUGGGAAAUCAAUUUGUUUCUCAGCCAGACUCGAAAACAAAAACUUUACAAAGCGUUACAAAUAUGCAAGGUGUACAUGCGAUUCAAAAACCUGUUUCGCCAUUUAAAAACCCUUCGGUGAUUAAGCAGGGGCAAUCAAAUACUGUAAGAAGUCAGUUAGAGGCCCGAAAGGAGACUAAAACUUUACAAGGAAGAACCGAGUCAUUAGGUGGUGUUUCUUUACUAAAGAACGUAUCAACAAGUCCAUCGGUAGCGACACAGGGACAAACAAUAAAUAAUAAAGAUAAACAUGGAGAAAAGUAUGUUAACGAUUGUAAAGCUAUUCAACUUUGUGAGAAGUCGGGUGCGUUUGUGUCAGAAGAAGCAUGUAAUUCAACGACAGAGCAAGCUACUGUGGACACCACUGAACCAUUGCCCUUCAAGGAGGCAGUUACAGCAAGAGAAGAACGAUUACGGCGUUUAAAAGAACUUUUAAAGGAGAAGCAAAAAGCAGUAGAAGAAAUUAGAACUAACGUACCUAAAUGAAAUAAGAAUUGGACUUAACUGUAACGUUUCAAACUUGUUAUGUUUUUUUAAGAUUUUGUUUCAUUGAUUCAUGAACAGCAAUCAUGUAGGUCCCAUCUGUUCCAUUUGGCUGAAAAUGUUAGACUUUUUACCUUUAUGUAAACUGCUAUAAAGUCAACAUACAUAGUGUAUGUAACUAUGUUCCUACUCGACGCAGUUCAUCUGAAGUCAAAAUGUUCAGUUUUCAAUUAAAAGAAUGAAACUAAAUAAAUAUUACGAGAGGAAUAAAUGUUUUGCGUCAAGAUAAAGGCUCUUUUGGACUGUACCAUGCAUUAGUUAUAUGGAUAGUUAAGAACUGCCAAAACAUUUGAAAAAUGUGACCAGUCUUUAAAUAAACGCGGUUUUAUCAAUGUCUAUGUAUUUAGAUUUAGAAAUGCUGUUGUGUUAAUAGGAGGGCAUAUUUAUGUAUGUAUAUAUUAUGUACAGUACAUGGCUGUCUUAAAUGGUACUUUCAUUUUGUCGAAUAAACAUACAUAAAGGACUAUGUAUGUAACGUAAAGACUAGAGAUGGUUAUUUUAGCAUGAAUGAUAAUUAAUAAAUUAUUUUAGUUGUUCAGUAUUAUAACAUAAUGUAAAACAAUACUGAAAAGCUGGGACUUCAGGUUAAUGAUAUGUAAUUCAUUUCAAUUACAUGCCUCCUUAAUGAAAGAUACUUACUGGAUAUUAAAUUGCAAACUAUUUUUAAGGCUUACAUUUAGAGAACCAGCUAAGUAUCAUUUCAUAUUAAGCAACCUUCAAAGUUGUCAUUUAUGACAUUUAUGUUUUACUGAUAAUAAGUCAAUUUUGGAAAUGUAUUGCACAUGUAUUUGAAUCUCCAUGCAAUUUGGAUAGAAAACGUAUGUAGUGAAGGCUUUAUACUUUGUAAAUUUGCUAAAUUAUAUUAAGACACUUUAACAAUAAUUUACGUCAUUUUAUAAGAUAAUUCAAUGAUGUGUUGAAAAUGACAUUGUAUCUUGUAGCGUGAAUAGUAGUUUUUUUUAUGAAAAUGAGCCGCGCCAUGACAAAACCAACAUAAUGGGUUUGCGACCAGCAUGGAUCCAGACCAGCCUGCGCAUCCGCGCAGUCUGAUCAGGAUCCAUGCUGUUCGCUAUCAGUUUCGCUACUUGUAAUAGAGUUUGAAAGCGAACAGUAUGGAUGGUUGCAAACGCAUUAUGUUGGUUUUGUCAUGACGCGGCUCUAAUAUACUUAAAGAAACCUUAUUUUCAUUUGCUAGAGAAUCUUCUUUAUUCCAAACAUAAUACUUAAAUUGUAUAAUGUCUAUAAACAUUAUUGAUGUAUCAGUUUAUCAGUACAAUGUUUGUCACAAUUAGUAUAAUCAUUAUCCAUAUUGGUAAUUUUUAUAUUGGCAGCUUUUUAAUUAGCAUUUUUAAUAUACCCUACAGAACAUGGAUGGACACUUUAAAUAUCCAGAACUUACAAAUUUAUGAAUAUUUUAUGUUGUACUUUGAUUAUUACCUGUUUAAAUACUCCAUUUUAAGGCAAGUAGAUGAUCGCUAUUAUGUGCUUCCCAUAUCUUAUAAGGUUCCUUGGUAGUUAAGUCGCGAUUUUGUUUAUAACAAAUAAUCUACGGAAUUAGAUAUUAGCCAAUAAUUUUGCUUGUCAUCAUUUGCAUUAUAUUUGUUGGAAAGGAUUUUGUUUGUUAAAAAAGCAAUUUUAAGUCUUUAAGUAUUGGUCAUAUUUUAGUACUUUUAGCGGUAGGUGUUGUAGAACAUUAAUAACGUGUCGAGUUAUUUAAUCUAUACUGCAGGUUUACUGUACUUUAAUAUUUUUAUAACUUCUUUAAACAUUAAAGCAUUAAACAUGUUAAAGGAAUGCUUCAAGUAUGUAAUAUUAUAUAAUAUAAAUACAACCUUUUUAUUGCUGAAUAUAUAACAUCAUUACAUGUCAUGCAUUAGCCAACAUGGUAUGCGUAAAGAAGUGUUCAAAAAAAAAUUACAUGUCGCGCAUUAGCCUAAAUGGUAUGCGCAAGGAAGUGAUAAAAACAUCUUUACAUGUCAUGCAUUUGCCUUAAUGGUAUUGGUAAGGAAAUGUUAAAACACAGCAUUACUAUAUGUCAUUUGCUGUAUAUUUCUCUGUAUUUGAUGAUAAAUAUUUUUAUCAAAAGAUUUUAUUGUUUUUGAUGUUAUUGCUCAAAAUGUUUAGCACCCUUUCUAUGUUUGGAUGAACGAAAAUGUUUUAAGUUGAUGCUUUAUCACUUAAUUAAUUUGGAAAAUAUUUCUGUGUUGUUUUCUUAUAUUUCCAGACACAAGAAAAGGUUUCAUAAUGUUUGUUAUUGUUUAUUCACUUUCAUUUUAUCGUUCCACAUAAAUGUAAAUGUAUGGUAUUUAUGGUAUUAAUGUAAAGCAUAUCCAUUGUCUUCUUUGUCAAUUAAUUUGAGCCGCGUCACGAUAAAACCAACAUAGUGCGUUUGCGACCAGCAUGGAUCCAGACCAGCCUGCGCAUCCGCGCAGUUUAAUCAGGAUCCAUGCUGUUCGCUAUCAGUUUCUUUACUUGUUAUAGGGUCUGUAAGCAAACAGCAUGGAUCCUGAUCAGACUGCGCGGAUGCGCAGGCUGGUCUGGAUCCAUGCUGGUCGCAAACCCAUUAUGUUGGUUCUGUCAUGACUUGGCUCAGCUGCAAAUAGACUUCGUUUCACUGUUAAAUUCGAACGGAUGCCAUUGUUUGCAUAAACUUUUUUUUCCAUUUUAUAAACGAAAGCUUGUAAUGUAAUGAUGACAUCAUUUUAUGUUUUAUCAAUGAUCUUCAAUUUCCGAUCACUGUUCCCUGCUGUUUUGUUCAGU